CUGUCCCGCGCAGGCUCAGUCCUGGUAGAUCUACGAGUGCGCGUGCAGAGUUGUUUGUGAAGAGCGACAACAUGGACGACGAGGAGGAAACGUAUCGGCUGUGGAAGAUCCGCAAGACUAUCAUGCAGCUGUGUCAUGACCGAGGCUACCUGGUGACCCAGGAUGAGUUGGACCAGACACUAGAGGAGUUCAAGGCGCAGUUUGGGGACAAGCCCAGCGAAGGACGGCCGAGGCGCACAGACCUCACCGUGCUGGUGGCCCACAACGAUGACCCCACAGACCAGAUGUUUGUCUUCUUCCCAGAGGAGCCCAAGGUGGGCAUCAAGACCAUCAAGGUGUACUGCCAGCGCAUGCAGGAGGAGAACAUCACACGGGCGCUGAUCGUGGUGCAGCAGGGCAUGACACCCUCCGCCAAGCAGUCCCUGGUGGACAUGGCCCCUAAGUACGUGCUGGAACAGUUUCUACAGCAGGAGCUGCUCAUCAAUAUCACAGAACAUGAGCUAGUCCCUGAGCACGUGGUCAUGACCAAGGAGGAGGUGACGGAAUUACUGGCGCGAUACAAGCUCCGUGAGAGCCAGCUGCCCAGGAUCCAGGCUGGGGACCCGGUGGCACGGUACUUCGGGAUCAAGCGAGGGCAGGUUGUGAAGAUUAUCCGCCCCAGUGAGACAGCCGGCCGGUACAUCACCUACCGCCUGGUGCAGUAGCUGCAGGGGAAAUCUAGUACUCUGGAGACUGAAGCAGGAGGAUUGCUGCGAUUGAAGGCAAGUUUGUGGACUUUUCGGUGUUGGGAGAGUCUCUUCUGGAAAACUGUGGAGUCCGCGUGGCACAGUGCGCAGGGAGACCCAGGAACCUUCUGCUCUGCCCUUCACAGCUCACCAGCAACCUCACAGAGGACCAGGCCAGAGCCGCUGCUCCCAUGAGCCCCAGCGUGUGGGUCAUGGCUUUCAUCCCGCAGGAUGAGCAACUUCAGAGCUUCAGCCCUACCCCCACUCCUCGCCCUGAGGUCACUGCUCUGUUAAGAGUUCUCCAUGACUCCCCGGAGAAUUAAAAGCUACUUUGGGAUAAGUUA